AUUGGAGUGUUAUUCCUGCCUCUAUCUCAAAUCAAUCAACAUAUAUACCAGGGGAUAAUGGUAGGUAGCGUUUAGUCGCACUUACCUGUAAAUUGUUAUAAUGGCUUCUAGAUUUCUUAAUCUAUUGGUCUUCUACUUCGUGAUGGAAGGCCAAGCACUGUUAACUAGGAUCUCAUUAAAUAAAGGAAGAGAAAUCUCACAUAUCCGUGGUCUAGAAAGGCAUCUGAAGAUUUUGAAAUCGCAAAGAAAUCGUCUGGAUCAAGGAGGUAUUGUUUAUCUCAAGGAUUAUGAAAACAUCCAUUACUAUGGUGAAAUAGGACUCGGAACUCCUAGCCAACGUUUCAAAGUCUUGUUCGAUACAGGUUCGUCGAAUUCAUGGAUUCUAUCCAACAAAUGCCAGGAUAUGGCUUGCAGGAAUCAUCGAAAAUACUCCAGUGAAAAAUCGUCAACUUUCACUAAGAACGGAACCAUGGUAUCAUUGCAGUACGCUAUUGGACGAUUAAAAGGAUUUCUGUCAACAGAUAAUCUCGAGUUGGCUGGAAUGAACAUAGAAAAUCAGACAUUCAUCGAAGUUACUAAAAAGAACUUUGCAUGCAAUACCCUUUUCGACGGAAUUGUAGGCCUCGGUUAUCCGAGUCCAGCAAUGAGAGAUGUUUCGACACCGAUUCAAAAUAUAUUUCAACAAGGUCACGGACAUUGUGUUUUUUCGUUUUAUCUCAAGAGUAAUGUCUCAGACAACAAUGCCGGAGAGAUUUUAUUUGGAGGAAUAGACGAAGAAAUCGUUGAGAAAACUACUUUAAGGUAUUCCCCAGUUACCAAGAAGCACCACUGGCAGAUUGCAAUAGAUAGAGUGACAGUCGACGAUGGACCCUCUGUCUGCGAUGGAGGCUGCCAAGCAUCGGUGGAUACGGCUACCAGCCUCAUAGUUGGUCCCAUCGGUGACAUCCACCGGAUCAACAUCGCGGUAGGGGGCGACACCAGGGCGAUCAGCGGCGUUCAUACAGUUGAUUGUGAUUCCAUCGCAAGUCUACCUGCCGUCAUCUUUACAAUAAAUGGACAGGACUUCCAAUUAAAAGGAGAAGACUACGUAUUUAAGGUAACCUCUGAAGAUGGAAUAAGUUGUCUGAGUGGAUUCAUGGGCAUGAACCUACCCAACAAUACCUGGAUACUGGGCCAUACAUUUAUCAAGAAUUUCUAUACAGUAUUCGACAUGGACGAAAGCAGGAUUGGAUUCGGCAAGUUAAAGAAUGAGCAAAAAUUAAUCAAAGUCGAAUAAAAAAUAUUAUUUAAAACACUUUGUAGCAUUUUCUGAAAUAAGACCCGAUUUUUUAUAAACC